AGAAGAAGUUACACCGGAAAUAACCCUUUCUCUACUCCUGUGCAUGAGGUUGGCGGGCUGCUAGCUGUAUAUGUGUAUUGGGGGUAAUUCUUUGAAUUUUGCUGCUCAACUGAUCAACUCAACUCGUUGACCUAACACACCAGAAACACGCGGAAUCGUUUCAUUUGGAUAGGAUAGGUGAGCGGUGGUUGCCCAGCCAUGCCGUCCCCCGCUGGACCCAGCAGCCCCGCCGCUGCGCUCGCUGAAGCCCUGGAGAACUCCUCCCGGCUCAUCGACAGACACCUGCAGGAUGACCGAUGCUUUCCCGACCUGUCAGAACUGCUCGGAGUCCCCUCACACAAUAUGCCGUCCCUCUCCGGGGUGUCAGAUAUGGACUACCCACUCCAGGGGCCUGGUUUACUCAGUGUACCUAACCUGCCAGAGCUCAGUGCAGUCCGCCGAGUCCCUCUGCCACCUGAGCUCGUGGAGCAAUUCAGCCACAUGCAGUUCAACUGCAUGAUGGGAGUUUUCCCUGAAAUUUCUCGAGCGUGGCUUACAAUUGACAAUGACAUCUUUAUGUGGAAUUACGAAGAUGGAGGAGACGUGGCCUAUUUUGAUGGCCUGAUUGAAACUAUUUUGGCAGUUGGCCUAGUAAAACCAAAACAAGGGAUUUUACAGCCACACAUUCACUACCUCUUAGUAUUGGCCACUUCUGUGGACGUGGUCAUCCUUGGGCUCAGUUUCCCCAAAGGUCAAGCUGGGUUGAAUGACAGCAUGUCUGGUGGGAUGCAGCUGCUACCAGACCCUCUGUUCUCAAUCCCCACAGACAACACCUACAUCCUGUCCAUCACCUCCACAGAUCUGGGACGCAUCUUUAUGGCGGGGAAGGACGGCUGUCUCUAUGAGAUCGCUUACCAGGCUGAGGCAGGCUGGCUGAGCCAACGCUGCAGAAAAAUCAACCACUCUAAGAGCUCUCUGUCCUUCCUAAUCCCUUCUGUGCUUCAGUUCUCCUUCUCUGAAGAUGAUCCCAUUGUGCAGAUUGCAAUAGAUAACUCUCGUAACACACUUUUCACACGCUCAGAAAAAGGUGUCCUUCAGGUGUAUGACCUGGGUGCUGACGGGCAAGGAAUGAGUCGCGUGGCAACAAUGUCACAGAGUUCAAUUGUUGCGGCUGCUGGAAACAUUGCGAGGACAAUAGAUCGUUCGGUCUUCAAACCCGUCGUACAGAUCUCUGUGAUUGACAGAUCAGAGUCCUCAGAUUGCCAUCUUCUUGCCGUCACCCACGCAGGUGUGCGUCUCUACUUCAGCACUACACCUUUUGCACCUCCGCACCAGAAGAACGUUGCAGUGCGACCUAGCCUACUAGCUAUGGUACACGUUCGCCUUCCUCCAGGUUUUUCUGCCUCCUCUACCCUCCAGAAACCCUCCAAAGUACAUAAGGCACUACACAGUAAAGGUGUUCUUCUUAUGGCUGCUUCUGAGACAGAGGACAGUGACAUUCUGUGGUGCAUCAAUCACGACUCCUUUCCAUUCAAGAAGCCCUUAAUGGAGACGCAGAUGAUGUCUAAUGUAGAUGGACACUCUUGGGCUCUUUGUGCCAUUAAUGAGGAGCGACCGGCCAAUUUUUUUACUCCGCUGAACAAGGACCAUAUCCCCAUCACCAGUUCUCCUGUGGUGGUCCAGCAGCACAACAUCCCUCCACAGAAGUUUGUCCUCCUCUCUGCAAAGGGGAGUCAUAUUUUUCAAAAGCUGAGACCAGUAGAUCAGCUCCGUCACCUCCUGGUGAGCUGUGCUGGAGGGGAAAGUGAGGAAAUUGAACGCUUCUUCAAGCUCCACCGGGAGGAGCAGGCUUGUGCCACAGCCUUAAUCCUCGCUUGCUCCAGUGCUGCUUGCGACAGAGAGGUUUCACAAUGGGCUACCAGAGCCUUCUUCAGAUAUGGAGGAGAAGCACAGAUGAGAUUUCCUGCAGCCUUGGCGUCACCCAGUACUGUUGGGCCUGUGAUGAGCUCUCCAGCACCGGGUAUUAUACCCCCAGCACUGGCCACACCCUUUGCAUCAAUGCAGUCUGGCUCUGCCCCCAUCACACCUAUGUCAGCUGGCCCUGAGGUGAUUUUCUCCGGGAAGCACAACGGCAUUUGCAUCUACUUUGCACGCAUUCUCGGAAAUAUUUGGGAUGGCAGCCUUGCUGUCGAGAAAACUAUCAGCAAAGGGAAUCAGACUGUCAGUAUUUUGGAAAGCAGUGUUAAUUCAUUUGAUGUGGAGUCAGUCCUUCACGAACUCUGCGGCUUGCAGGAGUUUCUGGAUAAAAACUCUCAGUUCAGUCCCUCCUCUCUCGGUGCUGCAAGCUCCCCUGCCAACCUGCAGCAAAGGCUGCUGGGAUUCAUGCGUCCUGAUGGAGCCAGCUCUCAGCAGGUUCAGCAGGAACUCCAGAGGAAAUAUCACACCAAGGCUCAAGUCUAUGAGAAAGUGUCCCUGCAGGCCAUCCAGCAGUUAGUGCAUCGCUCAUAUCAGACUCUGGCCCUCUGGAAGCUUCUCUGUGAUCAUCAGUUCAGCCUCAUUAUGUCUGAGCUGCCAAAGGAGUUUCAAGAGCAGAUGAAGGGAGCAAGUUUUAAAGAUGUUGUGAUAAGGGGCAAGGAGUUAUCUGGAGCGCUCAUCACAGGACUCAUUAAUGUCUAUAUCAAAGAUAACGCCUCCGUGGAUGCUAUCAGCAAUCACCUGCGCGACAUCUGUCCGCUGCUGUACAGCAGCGAUGACAGCGUUUGCUCCAAGGCUAAUGAGUUGCUGCAGAGCUCCAAGCAGAUCCAGAAUAAAGCAGAUAAAGAGAGAACACUGAGAGAGUCUUUACGGCUCUACCAACAGAUCAGCCAGCACACAGACCUCCCACUUGUUUGCUCCCAGUACAGACAGGUGCGUUUCUACGAGGGAAUCCUGGAGUUGUGUCUCACUGCGGCAGAGAAGAAGGAUCCACAGAGGCUAGGGCCUCAUUUCUACAAGAAUGGAGAACCUGAGCAGGACAGAGUGGGACAGCAGGCCUUCCAGGAAAGACUUUCAUGUUAUAAGUGCAUCACAGACACCAUGCAGGAGCUGGUGAACCAGAGCAAAGCUGCCCCACAGUCCCCCAGUGUCCCUAAACAGCCCGGUCCUCCUGUCAUGACCUCUGACCCCAACAUGCUCAGCAAUGAGGAAGCGACAGCUCAUUUUGAGCAGAUGCUGGGUUUGGCCCAGAGGUCUCAGGACGAGCUGUUUCACAUUGCGCUCUACAACUGGCUGAUUCAGGCCGACUUGACUGACAAGCUGCUCGAGGUGAAUUCUCCAUACUUGGAAGAACAUCUGAUGCAUAUGAUCAAGCAGGACCAGAGUAAAGUUCAUAAUAUGGACCUCCUGUGGCGCUACUACGAGAAGAAUCGUAACUUUGGCAAAGCUGCCCACGUACUGGCCCGCCUCGCCGACAUGCACAGCACGGAGAUCUCACUGAAGCAGCGUUUGGAGUACAUCGCUCGAGCCAUCCUGUCUGCGAAGAGUUCAUCCUCUAUCUCAGCUCAGGCAUCUGAUGGAGAGUUCCUCCAUGAGCUGGAGGAGAAGAUGGAGCUUGUGCGUAUCCAAGUACAGAUACAGGAAACCUUGAUCAGACAGUACUCCCAUCAUCCCUCUGUGAAAAAUGUCAUCUCUCAGUUGGACUCGGAACUAAUGGACAUCACAAAGCUCUAUGGAGAGUUUGCCGAUCAUUUCAAAUUGUCUGAAUGCAAACUGGCCAUCAUUCACUGCGCUGGACACUCUGACCCGAUCCUGGUGCACUCGCUGUGGCAGGAGAUUUUGGAGAAAGAACUGGAAGAUACUGUGGCCAUGAGUCCAGUAGAUAGAAUGAGGUCUCUUAAUCUGAAGCUGGUAUCGCUUGGAAAGAUUUAUGCUGGAACACCGAGAUAUUUCCCUUUGGAGUUUCUAGUAAAGUUCCUGGAGCAGGAGGUUUGCCGGCUCAACUGGGAUGUGGGAUUCGUUACAUCCACUAUGCAGGAGAUUGGAGUGCAGUUGCCACGUCUGUUGGAAGUCUAUGACCAGCUCUUCAAAACUCGGGAUCCUUGCUGGCAACGUCUGAGGAAACCGCUUCAUUUAGUGGAGUGUAUCCAUGUACUUCUCUCAGGAUAUGUAGAAGACCCCAGCAGGGUACCAACUUAUGACAGACGUCGCUUCACUAACGUGUGUCUUGACAACAUCUGCGGUUACCUCGUGGAGCUGCAGUCCCUGAGCCCAAACUCUGUCCUUCAACAAACCAUCGGCAACUUCAAGUCCCUGCAGGCAAAGCUGGAGAAACUCCACUGAUGUAACUGUGGUCAAGAGACGGGUGACUUGUGGGUGUUGGCCUUAAGUGAAAACUGCUGAUUUAAAGUGUGUUUACAUUGUCAGCAAAGGACAAUAUGAUGAUGACGUUUGUAUUACAAAGUAGAGUUUGGCUCUUUUUUUCCCCUCCAGUUUGUUUUGCAGCUUGGAGAGACAGGUUUUUAUAACUUAUUUGAUACAUUUUGUUAGUUUAAACAUUAUGCAGAAAUACAACCUUGGAAAGAAUGACUGUUAUUUGCAUUGUGUGCAAAUAACAGUCAUAUAUCUAAAGAUGAGAAGACACUUUUUUCAUCACAAAUAUGAAAUCCCUUUAAAUUUUACAGCUUAUUGGUUAUAGUGGAAAUGCAGUUAUGUGAUGGUUGAUUUUUCUGGUAAAAUGUCCCCAACUGAAGCCAUUUCUUCACAGGGGAAUGAUUUUGAUUGUUCUAUUGCCUGUCUGCAAACAGUUUAGUUUUAUAUGUUGUAAUUAUGUACAUAACUUGGCCAUAAUGCCGUCGUUUCUGCCACAAGUCAUUUACACAUUUCAUUUUAUUAUUUACAAUGAAUGUUUUGUCUGCUUGGGCGUUAGAUUUAACGGUGCCAUUGUGUGUGAGUGCUUUUUUUGUGAUUGUUUUGAAAGCAGAACGAUUUUUUAACUCUGCAAACUUUGGCCCACUUGGAAGAAAAAUAAAUAAAACUCAUUUUUAAUGAAAUAAAACAGAACUUUUGAGGAUGUUUUCAAAACACUACACAGAAACUAGACACGCACGUGUUCUUGGUUGAGAUAUAUCUGUGUGAAACUCUACAAAUGAUCAGCAGAAAGGGGCAUUUAAUUGCUUUGGGUGGAUGUGACACUGUUUACAUAAUUAUCUUUAAUUGACUCCCUCACUCAUGCUUUCUUAGAAACAUCAACCCUACAAGGCAGUAAUUGCUAAAUUACAAUUAGCUGUGUGUUGGAGUACACAAUUGUGUUUUGAUUCUUAGCCUCAUGAGAAAUAAACAGAUGUUGAGUUGAAAUAAACAGAUGUUGGGUUUAUUUUUGUUUAUUUGGUUUAUUUUUGUUGGUAUACUUGCACACGCUCCAGUAUAGUAAGCCAUGCAUAAUGUCUGUGAGGGAAAAUGUCUGAAGGUUUGCAUCUGUUUGCAUCUGUUUUCCUAAUGCUUGAAUGUUUUUGUAGAAACCUUAGCCAGAACAAAUACAGGGUUUUCCUGGAGUAUGUGUAAACAUUUUCCAUUUGAUUGUUUUAGACCCAUGAUUGUCAGAUAUGUGUUUUUAUAGCUGAAAAGUAGCAAACUGAACAUAUGGCAAACUGUUGGUACAAGCAAAAAGCCAUCUUUUAUUUGUGACGAUGUAAUCUCAGAUACAAUAAAGAUGACAGUACCUUCUGUUAAGCGUACAACCAGUCACAGUGAAACUAUUCACACUCUGUCACUCUGAAAUUACCAGAGAGCUUGUUCUAAGUAGGUGAGGGCCACUUGUCAUAUUGAAUUUUCUGCUCUUUAAAUGAUAGUCAGGAGGUCUUGAAGAUAUCGUGCUUCUCUCAGAGGUUUAGAGGCAACUGUGGGCAUUGCAAAGCCGUCGAAAAAUUUGCUUAAAAUAGGUCUGAGUUCUGACUCCUCUGUCCUCUUUGUAAAACGGUGUGCU